AUGCAAGGGAAACCUGAAUUUACUGAUCAUUUGACACAUAAGUUGAAGCACCAUCCUGGUCAAAUUGAGGCAGCUGCUAUUAUGGAACAUAUUUUGGAUGGAAGUGCUUAUGUCAAAGCAUCUAAGGAAUUUCAUGAGACGGAUCCUUUGGAGAAGCCAAAACAAGAUAGAUAUGCAAUUAGAACUUCGCCACAAUGGCUUGGUCCUCUAAUUGAAGUCAUUAGAUUCUCUACUAAGUCAAUUGAGAGGGAGAUUAACUCUGUUAAUGAUAAUCCAUUGAUUGAUGUAUCAAGAAACAAGGCUUUGCAUGGAGGAAAUUUUCAAGGAACACCUAUUGGAGUAUCCAUGGAUAAUACACGUUUGGCUCUUGCAUCUAUUGGUAAACUCAUGUUUGCUCAAUUCUCUGAGCUUGUCAAUGAUUUUUACAAUAAUGGGUUGCCUUCAAGUCUUUCUGCUGGUAGAAAUCCUAGCUUGGAUUAUGGCUUCAAAGGAUCCGAAAUUGCCAUGGCUUCUUAUUGUUCCGAGUUACAAUAUCUUGCGAACCCAGUUACAACUCAUGUCCAGAGUGCUGAGCAACAUAACCAAGAUGUGAACUCUUUGGGUUUGAUUUCUUCUAGGAAAACAUAUGAAGCCAUUGAGAUCCUUCAACUCAUGUCUUCCACAUUCUUGAUUGCACUUUGCCAAGCAAUUGACUUAAGACAUUUGGAGGAGAACUUGAAAAACUCAAUUAAGAACAUUGUAAGCCAAGUUGCUAAAAGAACCCUUACAACAUGUGUCAACGAUGGAGAACUCCAUCCUUCAAGGUUUUGUGAAAAGGACUUGUUGAGAGUGGUUGAUAGGGAGCAUGUGUUUGCCUAUAUUGAUGAUCCUUGUAGUGCUACAUAUCCUUUGAUGCAAAAAUUGAGACAAGUGUUAGUGGAUCAUGCAUUAGUAAAUGGUGAAUAUGAGAAGAAUUUGAACACAUCAAUCUUCCAAAAGAUUGCAACUUUUGAGGAUGAGUUGAAGACCCUUUUGCCAAAAGAUGUUGAAAGUAGUAGGGAUGCAUAUGAUAGUGGAAAUCCAAGAGUUCCAAACAAGAUCAAUGGAUGCAGAUCUUAUCCACUUUAUAGGUUUGUGAGACAAGAGUUGGGGACUUGUAUGCUAACAGGAGAAAAAGUCAUUUCACCAGGUGAAGAGUGUGACAAAUUAUUCACAGCCAUGUGUGAGGGAAAAAUCAUUGAUCCUCUUCUUCAAUGCUUGGUUGAGUGGAAUGGUUCUCCUGUUCAAAUUUGUUAA